AUGUUUUUAAAACCUUUUACAUAUCCAGUACCUGAAACAAGGUUUCUUCAUGCAGGCCGAAGUGUAUAUAAACUUAAAAUCAGAUAUGGCAACUUCCUCAGCUGUAAUGAUAUAGACAAUAAUGAAACUACUACCAAGGAACUAGAGGAAGCCAUUCGAGUAAUCAUUGGAAAUCUUGAUAAUUUACAUCCAUUUGCUACAGAACGCUUGACUAUAUUUCCAUAUUUAAGUAAAUGGGAGAGAUUAUCAAAACUGAGAUUCAAACAUGGGGAUACAUUUCUUGCUCCGUAUCCUCAUGUUUGCACUAUGUAUGUUGAACUCAAUUCAUUUCAGCAAAAUAUAUUUGUUGGAAAAGAAGUAAAUAUGGAUGCUUGUUACUUUGUCAAGGAUAGAAUUGAAAUGAUAGAAAAUGUUGAAACAGAAGCAACAGUGAAGUGGAGAAGAGUGGAAGACCCAACAGAAAUUUCAUAUGCAAAGCCAUGUAUGGAUAGAACUGAAACUGAAAAUAUUCACACUGGAAGCAAGUCAAAAGGUGACUUCAGAAUGUCAGAAGAUAUUCAGCAGAAAUAUCAGGAUCCUGCAGCCCUUAGGAAGGACUAUGGCCAUAUGAGUGUAUGGGAACCUGUGGAAUACAACAUCGAACAAAGUACAGAAACCACCCAGAAAGAAGAUAAAAUGCAACUGCAACAGCAAAUCAGCCCCAUUAGAAAUGAAGGAAAUGUGGAGUCAAAAGGAAGAGGUUUCCUAGAGUUAGUGAAAAGGAGCAAGUUGUCACAGUUCCUGAGCAUGUCCAUCACCUCAAACAAGUGUGUUAUGAGCAUGGUGGAAUUGGAAUACAUCCUGCAGUUCCUGGCUAUGUCUACAUGGCAGCUGGGAGUGUGA